AUGGAUGUUACCAGUAGAAUGAGACCUAUCUAUAGUGGAUAUCCCUUCCAAGGGCAAGGCCGAAUGAAUCAGCUGGGCGGUGUCUUCAUCAACGGACGUCCCCUACCAAAUCACAUUCGCUUGAAAAUCGUUGAAAUGGCGGCCUCUGGUGUACGACCCUGCGUAAUAUCAAGACAACUUCGUGUUUCCCACGGUUGCGUUUCGAAAAUACUCAAUCGUUAUCAAGAGACAGGGUCUAUCAGGCCAGGUGUCAUUGGUGGCAGUAAACCGAGAGUUGCCACGCCGGAAGUCGAAGCUAAGAUCGAAGAAUUGAAGAGUAACAAUCCUGGUAUCUUUUCUUGGGAGAUACGUGACAAAUUGGUCAAGGAAGGCUUCUCAGAUCCACCUAGCGUCAGCUCCAUCAGCAGGCUACUUCGAGGUGGACGACCGGGGGAAGACGGGAAGAAGGAUUACACGAUAGACGGCAUAUUGGGAGGCAGCCGUUGCGGUGAUGAUUCUGAUACUGAAAGUGAGCCAGGUAUACCUCUUAAACGAAAACAACGUAGGAGCAGAACGACAUUCACUGGGGAACAACUGGAACAACUCGAGGCUGCCUUUCAACGUGCUCAAUAUCCAGAUGUUUAUGCUAGAGAAGAAUUGGCUCAGAGAACGGGUCUAACUGAGGCAAGGAUACAAGUAUGGUUCAGUAAUCGGAGAGCUCGUCUACGUAAACACUCAGGAAGUUUAGCACAUUCUGUACCGAGUUUACCUUUGACACCCUGUCAAUACGCUGCAGGGAGUCAUGAAUUAGCUCAGAUGGCUCAAAUACCUCAAAUGCCAAGCGAAAUACCUCAAGUACCAACUAGUUUGCAUCACAGCCCGACGGCUUUACAUCAAACACCAAGCAGUGUUCAUCAAGUUGCCGGAAGCGUUACCCAGAUGACACCGCCUAUGCCACCAAUACCUUCAACGAUGAGCAACAGUUUGCAAGAACAUGCUGCAUCAAUUUCGGGACACUUGACUUCCCUCUCUGAACAUAUCAGUAGCAUGCAAAUCGGGCAAGUUCCGUCCAUUCAACCUCCAGUUGCUCAUGGUGCUCCAACAUCUUUGACUCCUAAUACUGGGAAUACCGAUUGGUCCAGGUCACAGUUAACUUGGGGCCAGUUCAAUCAUUUUCAAGGUAGCGAAUAUUCGUCGAGUCACAUGACAAGCCAUCAACAUGCCGUCCACGCAGCUCAUGGUACCCACUCUUCGAAUACCGCGAAUACCGCUGGCACAACGGCCGAUUGGUACGACCAGAGUUACGAUUAUACUCAACACGCCCAACUCAACUAUCAUCGCAGCGUGGGUGGAAUAUACUAG